UCAAAUCAUUGGGCCACGCAAAUUCGUGCUUCUCAGCUCCUGACCCAAACAUCCUCAACAGCUCUCUCUCUCUCUCUCUCUCUCUCUAAACAUCUCCAUUUCUGCAACUUCUCUCUCAUCGAACCUUGGUGAUCAUGGCCGCCAGCGACGAGUUCGUCAAGGGAAGUGUCCUCCCGAACGGCGUCGCUGUCAUCACUCUCGAUCGCCCCAAAGCCCUCAACGCCAUGAACAUAGAUAUGGAUGUCAAAUUCAAAAGCUUUCUUGAUCAGUGGGAAGUGGAUCCUAAAGUGAAAUGUGUUCUAGUUGAGAGCAGCUCACCACGUGCCUUCUCAGCAGGAAUGGAUAUUAAAGGGGUUGUUGCUGAAAUUCGAAAGGACAAAACUACACCUCUUGUGCAGAAGGUAUACGCUGCAGAAUAUUCUCUAAUAUGUAAAAUUUCUGAGUACAAAAAGCCAUAUAUAUGCUUCAUGGAUGGGAUAACAAUGGGCUUUGGAAUUGGCCUAUCUGGUCAUGGUCUCUACCGGCUCAUCACAGAGAGGACUCUUCUUGCUAUGCCAGAAAAUGGGAUUGGCUUAUUCCCAGAUGUUGGGUUCGCUUGCAUAGCAGCACAAACACCAGGAGAAGGAUCAGUUGGUGCUUAUCUUGGAUUGACUGGAAAAAGGAUUUCUACACCUGCUGAUGCACUAUAUGUAGGACUUGGAACACACUAUGUACCAUCUGGGAACCUGGGUUCAUUAAAGGAGGCUCUCUUAGCAGCCAACUUUUCGCAGGAUCCACAUGAAGACAUCGUAACAAUUUUGGCAAAUUACAGCAGUAACCCAGAGUCUGAGCCCCAGUUGAAGCAGCUUUUACCUCAAAUCGUUUCAUCCUUCUGUGGGAACAAAUCUGUUACUGAAACAAUCGAAGAGCUGAAAAAGCAUCAACUGAGUACCAAUGCCACAGUAACAGAGUGGGCAAAGGAAGCCCUUACAGGGCUUGGAAAAGGUGCUCCCUUUUCUCUCUGCUUAACGCAAAAAUAUUUCUCUAGAGUUGCAUCUGCCCAUGGAAAAAAUGACAAUGAUCUAUCCAAUUUAAGUGGCAUAAUGAAAAUUGAAUAUCGCAUUGCUAUAAGGUCAUCCCUUCGGGAUGAUUUUGCUGAAGGUGUCCGGGCAGUCUUGGUAGACAAGGAUCAGAACCCAAAGUGGAACCCUCCAAGGCUCGAGGAAGUUAACCCGAGGGAGGUUGAAGCACUCUUUGAGCCACUGUCAUCAGAACUUGAGGAACUGAAAGUUUGAGCUUCAUCUGUUUACUUGUCCUAGUGUCUUUGCUUCAAUUAUGGUACGAAGAAUUAUUUUUUAUUAUUAUUAGAACAUAUUGGACAUUAGUAAAAAUAAAUCAUAUAUUUUAUGGCCAUUAAUUCUAGUAUAAUAUUGCUGCUUAGUAUAUUUGUUUGAACUAUUAGUGAGCCUCAUAUCAUAUGUACAUGUCACUUGUUUGUAUUUAGACACAAAAUUAUUAUGGGUGAGAGAAAAUUGUCAUAUAUUUUA